GGUUUUUUGAAAUCGAAGGUGGAUUCCGGCCAGAAGAUUUGGGAGCGAUCCCGACUCGAAAGCAGCAACAGAAGGCUUUGUGGCAGCAUUUUCCGUCCUCCUCGAUGACCGGAGUGGGGCAUUCUUCCUCCUGCUACGGGAAUGGCUGUACCAAGAAUCACUGCGAAUAUGCGGAUCUCUCUGCAGAGGAUCCUCAACUUCCGACAAGAUUGCUUGAUGUUAGAAGCCCAGCAAAGUUAUUGCCUUGCCACACAGAAGAGCGUGAACGAGGCAAAUAUAUUGCGCUAUCUUAUAAGUGGGGCACAGUUCAGACAUUUUCCAACAACGCGGGAGAACGUGAACAAAUUAUGCAGUGGGUUGCAGCUUCUGAAUUACCGAAAGCGUUUCGUGAUGCGAUUGAAGUCACGCAGAAGCUUGGAGUCUCUUUCCUCUGGAUUGACUCGUUUUGCACCUAA